CAUCAUCCGAGCGGGCCUAGGCGACCGGCGGCGUGAGGGAGCGACGCAAUGGCCGCUUAGGGGCGUUGGAGGCGGAGGUGGCUGUUUUUUUUUCUGGGCGAGGAGGAAGAGGAGGAGGAGAAAGGCAGAAAGGAGCCUCUUUUGCCGCCAGGAUGCUCGAAGGGCUGAGGCGGCUUCAGCUGCUCAGGUGGCGGCGGCAGCAGCAGCAACGACCGGGAUAACUUAUAACAAGAAGUCCAAAACCUUGUGUAUUGCUACAUGUUUACUCUUGCCUUGGUUGAUGACUUGAAACACUACUAAAAUGCACCAGAAACUUUUGAAGAGCUCUCAUUACAUUGAGCUGGGAAGUUAUCAGUAUUGGCCUAUUCUCGUUCCUCGAGGAAUUCGUUUAUACACCUAUGAGCAGAUUCCUGUGUUCCUUAAGGAUAAUCCUUACAUCACUGACGGCUACAGAGCAUACCUGCCUUCUAGGCUGUGUUUAAAAAGUCUCUUCGUUUUGUCCAAUGAGACAAUCAAUAUCUGGAGUCAUUUGCUGGGCUUCUUUCUCUUCUUCACUUUGGGCAUAUACGAUAUGACUUCUGUGUUGCCUUCCGCGAAAGCUUCUAGAGAAGAUUUUGUUAUUUGUUCUAUUUGUCUUUUUUGCUUUCAGGUCUGUAUGCUUUGCUCGGUUGGGUAUCACCUCUUCUGCUGUCAUCGCUCAGAAAAGACCAGUCGAAGAUGGAUGGCAUUGGAUUAUGCAGGAAUUUCGAUCGGGAUCCUAGGCUGCUAUGUGUCAGGAGUUUUUUAUGCAUUUUACUGUAGUAAUUACUGGCGUCAAGUAUACUUGAUCACGGUGCUUGCUAUGAUCUUGGCAGUAUUCUUCGCUCAGAUUCACCCCAAUUACCUCACUCAGCAAUGGCAUCGACUCCGCUUGGCCAUCUUCUGCUCUGUGUCAGGCUACGGAAUUAUUCCCACCAUCCACUGGAUUUGGCUUAAUGGAGGCAUCACAGCAUCUAUUGUACAGGAAUUCGCUCCCCGGGUGAUUGUGAUGUACUUAAUAGCCGUCACAGCAUUUCUCUUCUAUAUUUCUAAAGUUCCAGAAAGGUAUUUUCCAGGACAGCUAAACUACCUCGGUUCCAGCCACCAAUUCUGGCACAUUCUUGCUGUGGUGAUGUUAUAUUGGUGGCACCAAUCAACCAUGUACAUCAUGCAGUACAGACACAGCAAGCCUUGCCUGGAUUAGAGUCAUGCACCAAAGUGCAUCAAGAAUCCUUGUGCCGAAGUUUGGACACCAAAUGUUUGCAUUUCAUGCCGAUUUCAGGAGCAACAGCCUGAAGUUCUCGUUGGAUCCUCU